UUAUUCGUGCUGUGUUGUUUCUCAUUCUUCUGUCUCUCCUGUGUUUCCUCUGUGGGGCCCUGUAUGCUGUUUAUAGUGACGCUGGAUCGUAUCAAGCUCAUUUCUGCUAAGCAGCUGUGUGACCUACAAUAGCUGGCAAUUUGGUGAAUGAUGGGAGCUGCUAAGAGUGUAUCAGAUGAACAACCCUGGUGGAACGAUCUAUUUAAAGAAUAUAAUGAAAUCUAUGAUUCUGAUGAAAACAUCAGUUAUGAAGAAGGUGAUGUUUGUGACCUGAUCGAUGGCACAAAGUUUGAAGCGGUGUUUAUACCAACUCUGUACUCCGUGGUGUUUGUUGUUGGUAUCCUGGGGAAUGGCUUGCUGCUGGGAGUCCUGUUUCAGAGCAGGAAGAGGUGGAGUGUGAUAGACACCUUCAUCCUUCAUCUGGCUGUAUCAGAUGUUCUGCUGUUGGUGACGCUGCCCCUUUGGGCCACUCAGUAUGCUAGUAGCCGUGGAUGGGAAUUUGGUACCGGGCUUUGCAAGAUUACUGGUGCUAUUUUUACGGAAGGUGUUGGGACCCACAGCCAUGGAAACAACAUUAAAACUAUGUCCGGUACAAACUUUUCUGGACUUCCCAUGAUGCCACAGGCUGUAUAAAAGCACCCCCCUUUCCACUAGACCGAUCUCUUGCACCUAGGACUCCGCUGCGAGGCUGACCGGAGAGACAAGCACUCUAAUGUCUCUUUGCUGGCAAAAAGACAAACUCUUCAAACUGGUUCCAAGGGUGUCAUACAAUCAUCGAUCAUAUACACUCAGAUAAGUACAAACGAAUCACUCUGUGUAUCCAAUAGAUUCAUUCAUGAAAGGGAAUUAAGGUACACGCCUGGCUUGACUUUCUCUCUGAGGCCUGCAGAAGCAAACGGUGUUCCAGAGAAGUCCCCAGUAGAGAAGCUGUCUCUACAAGCCGAGUG